CCGGCCGCGUGCGUGUGUGUCACCACCUUGCACUGACAGAGAGCUCGGAUAUUUUGGGGAGGUGGAGACGCUGCUUUGUCAUUGAGGAGCUCAGCAGCAGCAGCAGCAGCAGCAGCAGCAGCGUUAUUCUCCCACUCUGGCACGUCCGCCGCUCAGCAUGCUGCAUCCUGAUGCGCUCUCGUCUGCACGCUGUGGGGUUACCUGGAUUAACAUGCGUUUCCCGUCAACCGCUUCUAAAUGACCGUCGGAUUGUUGACGCAUUUCAAUGGUUGAACCGGGGAUGAGAGGCACGUCCCAAGUGUCAGAGAAGAUACAACCUGUCCUGCGGAUGCGCCGUCACUGUUUUGCCUCCAGCAGCACCCCAAGUGUGUUAGAUUCAUGAUUCAUCCCUCUGUUUGUACGGGCUAUCCUUAGAGCGCGUCUCCUCUGCUUUUUUCACAAUGGAAAGAUUUCAGUCAUCCAUGCGCAAACGUCUCUACAGCCUGCCGCAAAACAUUGGGCAAAAACCCUUUGUGAUUGACGAUGGAGACAACGGCGACAAGGACACCAAGAGGAAAAGUAUUCGGCUAAAACAUUUGUCCUCUCCGUCUCCUGCGAGCAGCUGCAGGAGCAUUGAAGAGGCCAGGAGUGAAGACCUAGACAGGGACAGGGAUGUGAUUGUGAAGACCAACUUGAACGGGGACUGCCGCUUAUUCAGGGGCAGCAUCUCCUCCAUCACCGGGCGGCAUGCUCCCGGGUCAGACCCAGCGGAGCAGCGGCGCCUCAUUCCCGAAGCUGACGCUGGAGUCAGUGAGAGUUUCCCCGGUGAGCGCGGCCCCGGGGCCCAGCAGCGGGGAGCGGGGGGUCUAAGCGGUGCAACCGGGCAAGCGUCUACGUUUGACCAGUCAAGUUUCAUCAAGUUGGAGGGGACUGAGCAGAUUAUACCUGAGGACGACCGGCUGUACCAAGCUGGCUUCAUGCACCGGCAGUUUGGAGCGAUGCUCCAACCGGGAGUCAACAAGUUCUCCCUGCGGAUGUUGGGGAGUGAAAGGGCCGUGGAGCACGAGAGGGAGCGAGUAAAGUCUGCUGGCUUCUGGAUAAUCCACCCGUACAGUGAUUUUAGGUUUUACUGGGAUCUGACCAUGCUUCUGCUGAUGGUGGGAAACCUCAUCAUCAUCCCCGUUGGCAUCACCUUCUUCAAAGAUGAGCACACGCCGCCCUGGAUCGUCUUCAACGUGGUCUCGGACACCUUCUUCCUCAUGGACCUGGUACUCAACUUCCGCACGGGCAUUGUCAAGGAGGACAACACGGAGAUUGUCCUGGACCCGCAGCAGAUCAAGAUCAAGUACCUGAAGAGUUGGUUUGUGGUGGAUUUCAUCUCCUCCAUACCCGUGGACUACAUCUUUCUCAUCGUAGAGACCCGCAUCGACUCAGACUUUUACAAGACUGCCCGAGCUCUGAGGAUUGUCCGUUUCACAAAGAUCCUCAGUCUGCUUCGGCUGCUGCGCCUCUCCAGACUCAUCCGCUACAUCCACCAGUGGGAGGAGGUUUUCCAUAUGACCUAUGACCUGGCCAGCGCCAUGGUACGCAUCAUGAACUUGAUCGGUAUGAUGCUGCUGCUGUGUCACUGGGACGGCUGUCUGCAGUUCCUGGUUCCCAUGCUGCAGGACUUUCCUCCUGACUGCUGGGUCACCAGAAACAAGAUGGUGAACGACACUUGGGGUCAGCAGUACUCCUACGCCUUGUUCAAGGCCAUGAGUCACAUGCUGUGCAUUGGGUACGGCCUGUACCCCCCCAUCGGCAUGGCUGACGUGUGGCUCACCAUCCUCAGUAUGAUUGUGGGCGCCACCUGCUUCGCCAUGUUCGUGGGGCAUGCAACUGCACUCAUUCAGUCCCUGGACUCCUCCAGGAGGCAGUACCAGGAGAAGUAUAAACAGGUGGAGCAGUACAUGUCCUUCCACAAACUCCCUGCAGACAUGCGCCAGAGGAUCCACGACUACUACGAGCAUCGCUACCAGGGCAAGAUGUUUGACGAGGAGAGCAUCCUGGAGGAGCUGAACGAGCCGCUCAGAGAGGAGAUCAUCAACUUUAAUUGUCGUAAACUUGUGGCCUCCAUGCCUCUGUUUGCCAACGCUGAUCCAAAUUUUGUCACCUCCAUGCUGACAAAACUGCGCUUCGAGGUCUUCCAGCCAGCAGACUACAUCAUCAGAGAGGGGACCAUUGGCAAGAAGAUGUACUUCAUCCAGCAUGGAGUCGUCAGUGUGCUGACCAAGAACAGCAAAGACACCAAGCUGUCUGAUGGCUCUUAUUUUGGAGAGAUCUGUCUGCUGACCCGGGGCAGGAGGACAGCCAGCGUGCGAGCGGAUAACUACUGUCGGCUGUACUCUCUGUCUGUGGAUAACUUCAACGAGGUGCUGGAGGAAUAUCCUAUGAUGAGGAGGGCGUUUGAGACUGUAGCCCUCGAUCGCCUGGAUCGCAUCGGAAAGAGGAACUCUGUGCUGCAGCAUAAAGUCCAGCAUCACCAAAGCUCUGGUACCCUAAACUUCCAAGAGAGCGAGAUCAUCCAAAGAAUAGUGCAGCAUGACCGUGACAUGGCCCAGUGCACGCAUCUGAUACAAACCAGCCUCAACCCUCCUUCACCACCAUCUCCCACCCCGGUCAUCUGGGCCCCACUGGUUCAGGCCCCACUCCAGGCUGCUGCUGCCACCACUCCGCUGGCUCUGGCUCUAGCCCAUCAAUCCCAGCUGCCCCCCAUCCUCUUCCACCAUCCCCUGGCACCAGGCUCUGGCUCCCUGAAGGACCCCACCAGCCAUCCAAUGAGGGUCUACCCUGGAGCCAACACAUCCGGCAGCUGUGGUUCUGGGCCCGCAUCUCCUGUCAGCCCCACUAUGUUGAGAUCCGGGAUUGAGACUCCUACACUGGCGUCCCUCAGGGCAGCUCAUCUCCCCACCGGGGCAAUGUCACCCACCCUGACGUCCCAGCCCAUCUUUACCAGCAGCCUGCAGCCUCUGUCCCCUCUGCCGCCCCACCAGCCCUUACCUCAUCCUCCCCACUCUGGCAUGGCCUCUGUCUUCCCCAUCGGCCAGACCACCGUCUCCUACACCUGCUCUGCCCAGCUCCACUCUCAGCCCUUCCACGGUGCUAUGACCACCCCGCCUCACCCCAUAGGUUUGCUCCAACAGGGGGCACCAGGGAGGCUGGUAGGAAGAUUCCCAGCCCCCUCUGCCUCUGCCAUAAGUCCGUUGAUCUGCAGCUCUGUCGGCCCACUUCUAAGCCAGCUGCAGCCCAUCUCUCAUGGUAGCAUGCAGCAGAUGGGGUACAGUCACGACAGAGCAGGCAGGACAUCUAGUGGUCUGAACCUCCCACAGUUUCCCUUCAUCACCAGCACGCAGCCCUCCACUGGGUUCAUUCCACAGGGGUCUGCAGUCACAGCUGGGGCUGCAGCCUCCCUGGCUCAGCACAGCUUUGCAGGUCUCCAGUCUGUUUUCCUCCCCCAGGUUCUUCCCGAGCCCUCGGCCCUCGCCUCCCUGGCACAGUACGGCUCUGCAGAGGCCUCGCCCUGCUACACGCCUCCUGUCCAAAGCCCCAGCAUACAAAGCCCUGUAAGGGGAAGGACAAUUUACCACAGUGAGCUCCCCAGCACUGCAGGCUCCCACAGCCCUCUUCUCCCUCAGACCUCGUGCCCUGCCAGAUAUGCGAGUACCCCCAAAGAGAGGGCCGGGUCCUCGGUGGAUCUCUUUACCCAGGAAAUAAAGACUAUCUCAGGCUCUCACAGCUCCAUACACCAGGAAAGGCCUUCGGCCAUGAGCGGCUUGUCGGAGGGGGUGCUUGGGGCAUCAAGCCCUUUCUCCUCCCCCAUGGCUGUCAGUAAACCUUACAGCCAAAUCCCGGGGCAAGCCACUCCCAUCAGUCGGACACAUUCAGGGUCAGAACCUCAGCACCUGCCCGUCAGUGUUCCCCAGGCUAGAUCCCCUGCUGCGACGUUAGAGACCGAACAAAGACAGUCCAAACUUCCAUCCAACUUGUGAGGUUCAGACACACCCUCCUUUAACGCCUGAACAAAAAGGAGACAAUCUUCUACUUGGCGUUGGUUCAGCCACUACUUUGUGAAAUUUUAAAGUAGGAGGGUGUGUUUUUUAAUCAGAUUGGAGAUCAAUGAUUUCAUUUUUAAUCAGAGUGAAUGAAUCUGGGAGGAUAAAGGACAAUUAUGGAGUUUUUUUCUACAGGAUAUUGCAUCUCUGAAUAUAGUAAUAAAUCAAAAACCUAUUGAUGGGUAUAUAUAGCACCUCAUGAAAAUAUCAAUUGUUCUAUGUAUUGUAUUAUAACCACACUCUGUGAUUUGUUAUAAGUAAUUGUUUGAACCCCAUUGUUUUUUCAAUCUUGUGUCAUUUAGCUUUUCACGUUCGGUUGGAAAUUUGUCCACAACUGUAACCAGAAACCAAAAAUUCUUGUCCUAUUUUGUAUCCUUCCCCAACACCGAGUGUGUCGAGUGAAUGCAGGGUUCCCCCUUAAAGAGAUUGGAGGAGACAGACUGUGCACUUUGCUCGUUUCAGAGAUCACCUAAGGUAACGGUUUGAUGACGGCAUGUCUUCCAGGAGAGCUUUUCAGCAAUAUUGCACACCCUAAAUGGGUCACACAAAUCAGAUCACAUUCAGAGAAACUGAAGUAAUGAAUGUAAUGUAAUGUUUGUCUGCGUCUGAGUGGGAGAAGUGGGAUUAAUUUUUGAAUGUGUUGAACUUGGGGUCGAUGAUGGGUUUUCUGUUGAGUAACUGGAAAGUGAACCUGGUUUCAGAGGUAAUGCACACAUUUCUGUUUCGUGUCCCAAUACAGAACAUACGCCUGAGCCAAGGUUUGUGUGCCAUCAGCAUAGUAUGCAAUAAUCUGUGUUUUUUUAUGGUUACUGUGAAUAGAAGCACUUGAGUCGAUGAGUGAGAUUCUGUUUUUAGAUAGAACAGAUUAAAACAAGGGAAUCAAAUGAAAUAAAAGCAAUCGUGGAUAAUCAAACGUCCUGAAACCAGCAAUGCACUAAGACUGAUCUGAAUGUUUCUUGCACCAGUCAAAGGGCUAAAAGCAGUUACUAGGACACACGGUUAACCAGACACCCUGAUGGGUCAUAUUGCUGCAUAUUUACCUCUUUCAUUUCACAUUAUUUGAUUGUAAAAAUGUUGACAUCUCUUGUUGAACAAUUGCUGCUUUGUGAUGCUAUGCUGAAUCAAUAAGACAUCUGUCACAGACUGCUUUUUUUAAAACCAGACUCUUAAACUCCUUCUACUCGUUACUGAAUUCAUGUGUUUGGAUAAUAUUUCUCGCUCUCUCUCUGUCUGGACCUGCGGCCGGCGAGGAACUGUGAGCAUCGAGCAGGUCGGCAGGUCAAACCAUCGGAGGAUCCUGUCCAGUGGCUCUCACUGCCUGGUAACUGAACCCGCCGUUUGCGGCGCAGUAAGGGAAGAGAGAUACUGUCAGUCACUAGCAGUCACCGCCAAUGGGCUCGAUCAAUCCCUCAUUACUAUUCUCCUCCAACCCCUGCACCACAACACCACCCACCGGAGGCAUCAGCUCGGACUGAGUGUAACGUUUCUUUGAGUGCAUUUAAGUUAAAGGUGUGUUUAAGAGAGGAGGUGUCAGUCAUUCAUCUAUUUAUAUAUUUAUAUCUCAUUUUGCUGCCUUUUAACCAACAAAUCUGAAGAUUCCAUCACCUAUGUAUGUUAGGAAUAUUUUAUUUUAGCUACUGAAUACAAUGCAAUAAAAUAACAUAUGAUCAA